ACCAUUACUACUUUUAGUUAUUGAAACGCGCGUGAGUAGUAUGAUUGUUGAUAUAGUGGUAGUAAAUAGUUUUCAGUAUGAAUAUCACAAUUUCCUAUACUAAAUAGUAAUUCCAGUUUAUUUUUAUCUGUAAAACAAUCAAUUUUAUCGUGAAAAUACAAACUAUUCCACUGUAAUUUGCUGUUUGAAGUGCCUUUUCAAUCUUGGUAUAUAUUCGAAUUAUAUAUUAAAAAUGAAAGAAAAAAAUCAUGAUAAAUCGAAAUCUACACAUAAAGAAGAGUUAUCUAAUCACGAAGAAGAUUCCGGUGAUGAAGGGGAUGAAACUUCGAGUGUAGGUAGUACUUCUACAACUGAUAAUACUUCUCGAAGUGCUACACCUACAAAUAGACUAAGAAAAGGUCGUCGUGGUAAAAAACGAUUAAGUAAUACACCUAAAGUUCUAAAACCCAUCUAUACAUUUUCAUGUAGUAUCAAAGAGGAUCAUGGGCAACCUUUAUUUGGUGCUCAAUUCAAUCACCAUCUUAAAGAAGGUCAACCAUUAAUUUUUGCUGCUGUUGGUAGUAAUAGAGUGACUAUUUACGAAUGCCCUGAUAGAACAGGCAUUAAAUUAUUACAAUGUUACGCAGAUCCCGAUUUAGAUGAAAACUAUUAUACAUGUGCUUGGUCGUUUGAUGAGGAUAUAGGUAAACCUUUAUUAGCUGUAGCUGGCUCUAGAGGAGUUAUUCGCAUCCUCAACUUGACUACUAUGAGUUGUAUCAGACAUUACAUUGGUCACGGACAUGCUAUAAACGAGCUUAAAUUUCAUCCUAGAGAUCCAAAUUUGUUACUUUCUGUUUCUAAAGACCAUUCGCUAAGAUUGUGGAAUAUUAAAAGUGAUGUUUGUAUCGCGAUAUUUGGAGGCGUUGAAGGUCAUAGAGAUGAAGUAUUAAGCGCUGAUUUUGAUUUGAACGGUAAUAGAAUCAUGUCUUGCGGAAUGGAUCAUUCUUUAAAAUUAUGGAGAUUAGAUAAAGAUAUAAUGAGAGAAACAAUAAAAAAUUCGUAUGCUUGGAAUGCUUCACGAAAUUCUAGGCCGUUUGAGUGUUUGAAAGAAAAUUUUCCAGAUUUUUCUACAAGAGACAUUCACAGGAAUUAUGUGGAUUGCGUGAAAUGGUUCGGAGAUUUUUUGCUUAGCAAAUCUUGUGAAAAUUGCAUCAUUUGCUGGAAACCAGGUCGUUUAGAAGAUGAAAAUCUUCGUAAAGGUGAAACUAGUUCAACUAUAAUCCACAGAUUCGACUACAAGGAAUGCGAAAUCUGGUUCGUUAGAUUUGCAAUGGACUAUUGGCAAAAGAUAUUAGCCUUGGGAAAUCAAACCGGUAAAGUAUUUGUAUGGGACCUGGAUGUAACAGAUCCGGCUCAAGCAAAGUGUUAUACAUUACAGCAAGCUCGAUGCACAACAGCCAUCAGACAAACGACUCUAAGUAGAAAUUCUGAUAUUUUAAUAUGCGUAUGCGAUGAUGGAACCAUCUGGAGAUGGGAUAGAGUCUAACAGUAUUUUAAAUAAUCAACGUAUUAUUUUUUUCGAAUACAUUUUUUAUUAUUUCAAA